AUGGCCACCCAUCACCACCUCCUCCCACUCCUCCUCCUCGUCCACCUCCUCGCCCCCUCCCCCGCCGCCGCCCAAGAGUCCCACAUCUCCGCGGUGAUCGGCUCCAGCGGCCUGGCCUUCGCUAAGGACGUGCUGAUCGGGGAGGCGGCGCGGUCCCUCACCCCGCUCCGCCUGCCGGGGGCGGAAAAGUCCAUGCGCGUGCCCUUCCUCGGUGGCGUGCGCGCCGCCGUCUCAAACAUCACGCUCUUCCACCUCGACGUCGGGGAUGACUCGGCGCUCCGCCCGGGCGACUCCGGCCUGGUCGUCGUCGCCUCCGGGGUCAGCGCCAACAUCAGCAUGGCCUGGAGCUACUCCUACGACUCCUGGUACUUCGGGCCCCUACAGAUCUCCGACAGCGGCACCGCAUCCAUCCUGGUUCAAGGAAUGGAAGUUGGGAUAACCAUGGAAAUCAAAAAUUACAAUGGAAGUUUGGCUCUGAACGUCUCGCAGUGUGGCUGUUAUGUGAAGGACUUGGAGAUAUCUCUGGAUGGUGGAGCAUCUUGGUUUUAUCAAGGGUUAAUAAAUGCUUUUGAGGAUGAUAUUAGAGCUGCGGUUGAGAAGGUAGUACCGGAAAAUAUCAUUGGCAGCACUUCAAAACUGGACUCGUUUCUUCAAGGUCUCCCUAGGAGUGUCAGUCUGGACAACAUCACUGCUCUGAACAUGACUUUCAUGAACGAUCCACAAUACGGAAAUUCCUCCAUUGAGUUUGAUAUCAACGGGUUGUUCACUUCUGCGGUUGCAAAGACUAGCAAUUUGCAGAAGCAUCCUCAGCUUUCAUUAUCUUGUGGUGGAGCAUCAAAUAUGCUUGUGCUUUCACUCGAUGAAACCGUGUUCAAUUCAGCAUUAGAUGUUUACUACAAGGCGGGUUCCAUGCAUUGGGUUGUCGACAAAGUUUCUGAUCAAUCUCUACUGAAUACAGCUGGCUGGAAAUUUAUCAUUCCACGCUUAUAUUGGAGCUAUCCAAAUGAUGACAUGGUCCUGAACAUUUCGAUGGCUUCAUCCCCAAUAAUGUGGAUUACAUCUGAAAAUAUUGGUGCUACCAUUAACGCGGACAUGAUAAUUGAUGUUUUACAUGGCACGGAGACAGUUCCAGUUGCAUGCAUAUCUGUGGUCGUAAGCGCCUCAGGAGUUGUGGAGGCAUCAGGAAAUAAAGUAUACGGUAGAGUUGAGUUAAAUGAUUUCUCCCUGUCCUUGAAGUGGAGUAAUAUCGGAAAUUUUCAUAUGUCUUUGAUUCAGGGAGUGAUACGGGUUUUCCUGAACACUGCGUGCAUGCCAUACCUGAACUCGCGGCUGGGGCAUGGAUUCAUCUUGCCUGUGGUCCAUGGCUUCACUCUGAAAGACGUCUACGUGAUUACCUCUACCCAGCAGUUGACGCUCUGUUCUGAUAUCGCCUUCGCCAACGUGAGUAGCCUGGCGAGUUUGCCGGCUUUGUGAUAACCGUCCGUGGGGUUGUACAGAGCAUGUAACCCUCUCUUCAGGGCUGCAAGCUAGGCCCUGGGCUGGGGGUGUCUGCACAUAUGUGUACAUUAUUGUCCAUAGCCCUCUCUGUCAAAACAGAAACAAAGAUAAUUCUCAUUCAUUUGUACAUAUUUAUUUUCUGCUGUUUUAUAUGAUUCCUUUUUUUGCUCC